AUUGUACUUCGUUAAAACUCAGUUUCUAUUCUACUAAAGACGCGAGUCUAUCGGUUGAACAUCUAUGUCGUACAAUUACAAUUCUAAUCGGCACAAUUCCAUAGGGGGAAACUGGCAUCUCCUGCUGAACGGCGGGUUUGUCCAAGACCUCCCACUGGACCAACAAGGUCAACCCCAACAACAACAGCAACAGCAACAGCAACAACCUCCUGGGUUCCGGAACCCCUGGUUCUCGGCACCUUCAACUGCUGCUGGCUCUGGUAGUCUGGCUCUCUCACAGUCACCCACAAAAGGCCCCCCUUCCCUUAAUCCUUUAUUGGCACAAACGGCUGCUCUGAGAAGACUAUCGUUUGCUAAUCAACUUCCCACUACAUACGAGACCGAACAACAACAGCAACAGAUUGCACAGGGUCAUCGUGGUCUGAUAGUUCCACCGUUCAUCCACCCUCCAACUAGAGCUGACAACCCGUUCAACUACUAUACAAGUCAAGAGGUUUCGUUGGGUGGUGGUCCAGGAGGUGCUGGAGCUGGUGUUGGAGGAGACCGUAGAAUGAGUGCAGCUGCAGUGGGGACUUAUGGAGGUGUUGGAGCAUUCAAUUAUUUGAAAGCAGCUCCAGUUAACGUUCAAAUACCCCCAGGGACCGCAGCUCAAGGUUAUCAACUGAGUGCCCAACAGCAACAUCUACAACAUCAAUUGAGCCACCAGCAAAUGCAGCUAGGAGGGGCGCAAACGUACAGACGGAGCUCUGUUGCUGUCGGGGCUUACCAGCCACUGUGGGAAAGGGGAGGCUAUUACACAAAUAACAACACUGCUGGACUGCAAUACUGGGGGGACAAUUCUGGCCAAGAAGGAGGAAGAGGUCCACAAACAGGUCCAAUAGGAACAUCAGGGACUCCAGUUUCUGCCCCUGGAAGUGGCGGUGCUGGCUCGAAUUUACCAGGCAGUGGCGCUGGUGUUACUCGUAAGACUCCUCGAGCUCGUAGAAUCAAUUCUAGAUUUGAUCUUCGCCCAAAACCAAAUUCUCAUCCAAAAUAUCGUCGUUGUUCCAUUAAUUCGAUUCAUAUAUCCCCUGUCAAUGCGCUCUCUGUCUAUAUAACUGAGUCGUAUGCAAUUUGUCAACCAAAAAGAUUCCAAUACUCAAAGCUGACCAAUCCAAAACGUGUUCUUACUAAACCUCUGGAACCAAAAUUCAAUAAUGGUUUUGAUAAUGAAGACUCUGAUUAUAUCCUUUAUGUGAAUGAUAUCCUAGGGACUGAAGAGGGGAGGAAAUAUAUUGUUCUUGACCUACUUGGAUGCGGUACUUUCGGACAAGUGGUGAAAUGUCAGAAUCUUUCUAAUCAGUCACUCGUGGCAGUUAAGGUGAUUAAAUCCAAGCCAGCUUAUAUGAACCAAUCACUUACAGAAGUACGACUCUUGGAAUUCCUCAAUGUGAAUUCACUGGGGAAAUCUUUCAUUAGGCUCUUAGAUACGUUCAUGCAUAAGGAACAUCUUUGUCUUGUCUUUGAACUUCUUGCAUCUAAUCUUUAUGAAUUAAUUAAACAAAACCAAUUCCAAGGGUUAAACAUGAGACUAGUUAAACUUCUUACCCGUCAACUUCUAGAAUCUUUGCUGCAAUUGAAAGGAUUCCAAAUGAUUCAUUGUGAUCUAAAACCUGAAAAUAUAUUACUUUGUCAACCAGACAAACCAGAUAUUAAGGUGAUUGAUUUUGGGCUGGCCUGUUUCACACGUCAAACUUCUUAUACAUAUAUUCAGAGUAGAUUUUAUCGAUCUCCUGAAGUUAUUUUGGGUUUACCGUAUACUGAGAGUAUUGAUAUGUGGUCUCUUGGAUGUAUUGUGGGUGAAUUAUUCCUUGGAUUGCCAAUGUUCCCAGGGAACUCUGAAUAUAAUCAAAUUUGGAAGAUUGUAGACAUGUUAGGAUUACCACCAAGACAUAUGAUUGAAGUUGGAAGAAAUGCUUCUAACUUCUUUGCGAAGGAGGGUAAUUUGGGAACUACAGCAAGCGGUAAUGCCACUGGUGACUUGAACACAUCUGGUGGAUCUUCGAGCUCAUCAGGACCAGGUUCAUCUCUCACUAGCCCAAGCCCCAUUGGUGGGCCAGCUAGUGGGGACACCGGGCAUGGGGUUUCAGGCGGUACUCAGCCAGUAUCACGUCCAACAUACCGUAUCCGGUCAAUGGACGAGUACCUUGCACAUGUGAAUGGCAAUCGAAAUAAAUCAGAACCAGAAAAAACAGAAAAGCCAAAUAAAAUGUACUUCAAACAAAAGCUACUUAAGGACAUCAUUCUCAAUUACAAACUUCCGUCAAAGAAAAUGACCCCACUGAUGAUUGAGAGAGAAUGGGAAGAAAGAUACCUUUUGAUUGACUUCUUGAGUAAGGUCUUGAACAUGAACCCAUUAGAAAGAUUAACACCGCAAGAAGCUUUGAAGCAUCCCUUUGUGAAUGAAACUGCAAAACCAAAUCCUGGAUUCACUGCUGGAAAUGGAAAGCUUUACAAGUAGUAGCCUAAUGAAUGAGAAACGGAGACAUGUACCAUAACAGUGCUGAUCAGGAAACAAUUGAUGGU